AUGGCUUCCAACUUCAUGUCUCGGUUUACGGGCUCCAACAACCCUUCUGCCUCUAUCUAUGAUGCUAUCCGGCAGGAAGAUGAGGAUUCGGACAACUUCGAUGUCGAGGAGACCGCAGGGCUGGCUGCAAACGGAGCAAAUGGAAGAGAUGGAUUCAACAAUCAAGAAUUGCACUCCUCCAAUCUUCCAUCACAUCGGAGAAGCCUUCGUCAUGAUGGCCGUGCUGCUCCUACCUCCGGGGAACCACAGCUGCAGCGGAGAGACACACGCAGAGCUCAGAACAAGCCAAGGCGGACCCCGAGAGCUCAUAAACUCUUGGAUGUGGAAGAGGCGGACGAUGAUGUUCCGGCGUCGUUACUGAUCGAUCACAAUGCAAUGGGCCUUGAUCAUGGUUCCAUGUCGCUGCCUCCUCCUCCGAGCCUCAUGCCAGAAGGCAUUUUACAAGGUCGCGACACGAGUCCGACGGCUGCUCAAGAUUUCCAUGCAAGAUACCGUCCCAAGACCAGUCCAAGCAGCCGGAAUGCGACGCAAGUUAGGCCAGCUGGAGGCAUCGUUGGAGGCAACCUUGCCAGUGCAGAUCCCAAGGAGAAAGCCAUGUUUCGGUGGGUCAACGUGACAGAUCUGGAUAACUUCCUGCUGGAGGUGUACACUUAUUACCUCAAUCACGGCUUCUGGUCCACGGUUCUCAUGCGAUUCUUCAAUCUCCUGACUGUGGCCUUCGUGGUUGGCUUUUCCAUCUUUCUCACUCAGUGUAUCGACUACCGAGAGAUCAGAGGGAGCACAAAGAUGUCAGAGAUCCUGGUACCACAGUGUACCAAAAGAAUGGGGUUUGUUCCGAAUGCUUUGCUCUGGCUCACCACUUUCAUUUGGCUUUGGAAAGGUGUCCUGUACUUCUUCGAUAUCCCUCGUUUGAAACACAUGCACGAUUUCUAUUAUUACCUCCUCGACAUACCUGAGCCAGAAAUUCAGUCAAUAUCGUGGCAAGAGGUUGUCAGUCGCCUGAUGGCCCUUCGAGACUCGAACCCCACCAUCUCUUCUACUUCCAAAAGGACCAGUGGCUACAUCAAAUCGCAGAACAAGCAACGGAUGGAUGCGCACGACAUUGCCAACAGACUUAUGCGAAGACAGAACUACAUGAUUGCCAUGAUCAACAAGGACAUACUUGACCUGACUUUGCCCAUCCCCUUCUUCGGCAACCGCAAGCUCUUUACUCGAACAUUGGAAUGGAACAUUGAACUGUGCAUUAUGGACUUUGUUUUCAACCGCAAAGGACAAGUGCGACCCUUAUUCCUGAAGGAUACGCACCGGAAAGACCUAGCGAAUGCACUCCGUUCACGAUUCAUCUUGGCGGGUUUUACAAGCCUUGCCUUUGCACCGUUCCUUGCUACGUUCUUCGUCUUGAAGCACUUCUUUCAGAAUUUCAACGACUACCAGAAGAAUCCUGCUCAGAUCGGCCUGAGAGAGUAUACGCCGUUUGCGCAGUGGAAAUUCCGAGAAUUCAAUGAGCUGCACCACCUAUUUCGGCGGCGGAUAAACAUGUCAUAUCCUUUCGCCGACAGAUAUAUCAAUCAAUUCCCAAAGGACAAGACUGUCCAAAUCGCGAGAUUUGUCAGUCUGAUAUCCGGGGCGGUGGUGUCGGUUCUGGGCCUCGCCACCAUUUUGGACCAAGACAACUUCUUGAAUUUUGAAGUGACGCCGGGCCGGACCACCAUAUUCUAUAUCGGCAUUUUCGGAUCGAUAUGGGCUGUUGCGCGCGGCCUGCUGCCGGAUGACAACAUGGUCUACGACACGGCUUUUUCGAUCGGAGAAGUCAUACAGUUUACACAUUACGAACCGCAGCACUGGGCGGGUCGUCUUCACACCGUCGAGGUCAAAGAGGAAUUCUCCCAGUUGUACCAGAUGAAGGUGGUCAUUUUCCUGGAGGAAGUGCUCAGUAUUUUCUUCACGCCCUUUGUGCUGUGGUUCAGUCUGCCCAAAUGCAGCGAGCGAAUCAUUGACUUCUUUCGGGAAUUCACGGUGCACGUCGAUGGUAUAGGAUACGUUUGUACAUUCGCCGAAUUUCGCUUCAUGAACCAGGCGAUUCGACCUGCGCCAAAGGAGAGAUCCUCAGAGGCGGAGACCGGGACAGGAGGCGCUGCCGCAGGUGCACCUAAUACCAAUGCCAAUGCGAAUCUGCGGGAUGAUUAUUUUGCGUCCAAGGACAACAAGCUCGAACACAGUUACUGGGGGUUCAUGAACGACUACGCCCGCAAUCCCAAGACAGACAUCCAUUUUCCCUACCACACCUCCAGGCGGCGCUUCAACUUCAACAUGCCACCUCCUAUCCCUGGAUUGCCCUCACCAUCUUUCCCAGCGACAGACCACGGUAAUACGUUCAGUGGCGGCAUGCAUGCCCAUCGGCACAGCGGCGGAGGCCUGGGUUCAGCAACAUCACAUCGCGGAGCCUUGGGAACUCCCAGAUUCGGCGCUCAGCAUCACGCUACAGGUCAAGGCCAUCCUCAAUCCCAGCCAUUUGGCUCGCCACUCCAGUCGUUGUUGCUCGACCCACAUCAUCAACCCUCUGUGAGCGGGUUUACUUCGUCACCGCAAGCUCUCCGGCCACGUUCCUCUCUGCCUCCCAAGCUUCGUCGGACUGCUACCGUUGAGCGAGGGCAUGAAAUCCCCGACGAUGUCGCGGAGGAAGAAGAUUCCACUGAGCUUCGGCCUCAGAGAACAGACACAUCUCAGCCAAAUGGAGUAGGGGCCCAACCGCGCCUCUCUUCUGCGCCCACGGGGAUGACGACUCACGCAACUCACGACAGUGAAUUGGGGUCAUGGAAAUACGAAGUUGACUCCUCCUCCGGGGCGGGUAGUGAAGAUGAAGAAGAUGAGCGUGAUGCAAGGGCGAUUAUGCAACCGUUGGGGCCGCUGGGGUUGAUCCGGCAGUUUCAGAAGGCUCAAGCCCAGGAAGGAGGGAGAGCGAGGGGCACUGAAACGGGCCUUUGA